GUGGUAUCAGCUCUGGCUAUGACAUUUUCAUGCUCCCCCGGUAAGCCUCUCAACGGCAUUGAGAACACCUUUGGCCAAUAAGACCACUGAAAUGCCAUGUAUUUGAGUACCUGCACCGUAAGCUGCAUAACUUCCACCCUACAACACCCUACCCAGCCAGAUAUGUACCUCUCAUGUACUCAAGAAGAACCAAUAUAUGCCUAAAGGGGGCUUCUAAGUCAAAAGAUAAGAAUACCCUAGUGGCCACUCUCGAAGCUACGCACGCGCGACCUUAUUCUGUAAGCCAUAUUGUCUUAUCUCUCCUUAUCCAAACGCUCAGAGCCUCAUCACAAUGGCCGACUACAACCAGGUACAUGAGAACGUACUGGGAAGCGAUGCCUUGGCCAAUAAUCCCACCUUUCAGCACGACACUGCAUAUGACGACCUUCAACAUGGCCCAAUGAACGGUCUUCCUGCUCCUCAGGCUGCCCCAUUCUUGGGAGCACAGCUGCAGGAGCAUGGAAGGUAAUUUUUUUUGUCAACGCGGAAAAGCUGAUUGGUCCCUUGCUUCUAGCCCUUGUAAUCGACCGGCCAUUUCAUGUACAAAUAUUUCUGCUUCAGGAACCCUGACCUGCAUUGGUCCCACGUGCUAUAAAACUUUUGGGACAAAUGAGCAACUCAGGAAGCAUGGCGAAAAAGAGGGACAUAAUGCUUACGGAUAUAUUUGUGGCACCACAUUUACUCGGCUUGAUGCCCUCAACCGCCACAUUGGCUCUAAGUCUCGCAAUGCCGCCCAGUACUCGUGCGAGUAUUGUUACGCCCACCAAGGCGAGAACGCCUUUUCCCGUCGAGAUCAUCUUACGCAGCAUUUGAAAGUUUAUCACAGGAUCGACACGGCGGACAAACUUGGCCAGCACAAGCUCAGGAGGUCCAAGAAGGCCGCCGUCACGCCUGGCCCCCAAGCUACUAUGCUUUUGAUGCCCCCCUAUCCUUGCCCCGUACUCGGUUGUCCUAAAAUGGGAUAUGACGGUUACCUUCGAAAGGUGGAUCUUGAUGAACAUGUAGCUAUGAUGCAUCCCUCAACUUUGAUGUAUUACAACACUGAGGAACAUGCAUUCAACCAGCAGUACCAGGUCCCUAUGCAGCCGGAUCAUCAAAACGUCGGAUUCGGCUCGAUCUAACAAGGCCAUGGAUUCAACUGAUCUGAGAUAUAGUCCGCUACGGCUAUGCCUGUUGUUAUUAUCGAUAGCUGGAUCAUCUCAACGAACUAAGCAUCGAUAUCUGACAUAACCGAAAAAACAAGCGCUUUGAAUUUUUACGAUUUACAUACUUUUCUACUACGAUGCUGAAUAUUUCGAAUGGUCACCAUGUAGGGUCUAUAGACUCAUUUUCAUAUUUGAGAGAAGGGACUUUUGACGAUGUCAACGACUUUCUUAUGUAUCUUAGCCGUUACUACUACAGUUCGCUCUUUAC